UGACGGAGGCCGACAUGCGGCGCCAAGGCCUCGACCCGCACGAGCUGGACCGGAGCACGGAGCAGCUCAUGUCGCUCAUCCACGGCAACCUCCCGGACCCGCCCGUCUCCACCACCGCCCGCCUCACCGCCUUCCGCGCGCGCCCCUCCGAUGGCGUGGACCGCAUCAGCCGCCUCUCCGACGCGCUCCUCCGCGACAUCGUCUCCCGCCUCCCCGUCAAGGACGCCGCCCGCACCGCCGCGCUCGCCGCGCGCUGGCGCGGGGUCUGGAGCUCGACGCCGCUCGUCCUCAUCGACACUCACCUGAUCUCCGGUGGCCGCACCCCUGGGCGCGCCAGCACGCCGGACGUCACCGCGGCCGUCUCCCGCAUACUCGCCGCGCACCAGGGGCCCUUCCGCUGCGUCCACCUCACCUGCAGCCGCAUGGGCGCAUACCAGGCCCAGCUCAAGCGCUGGCUCCGUCUCCUCGCCGCCAGGGGCGUCCAGGAGCUCGUCCUCGUCAACCGCCCGUGGCCACGCGAGGUGCGCCUGCCCAAGACGCUCUUCACCAUCUCCACCCUCACCCGCCUCUACAUCGGCGUCUGGAAGUUCCCGGACGCGGCCGGCCUCCAAGACGCCUCCUUCCCUCACCUCCGGGAGCUCGGCAUCUUCAGCGUCUCCGUGGAGGACGGGGACAUUGACGCCGUCGUCGCGAGGAGCCCCGCCCUCGAGAUCCUCAACAUCCAAGGGAGCAUGAAGGGGGUGCGUCUCCGCCUCGUCAGCAACAGCCUCCGGUGCGUGCAGAUACGUUCUUUCGCCAUGGAGAGCAUCGACGUGGUGAACGCCCCGCGUCUCGAGCGCCUCCUCGUGUCGGAGUGUCUCGACCCUGCCGGCGGAUCGUGCACCAGAAUCAAAAUUGGCCAUGUCCCCAAGCUGAAGUUACUGGGAUACCUGGAGCCAGGAAAAUUCGUGCUAGAGAUCCAAGACACCGUCAUCAUGGCUGGGAUUAAGACAAAUGCAAGCAUGAUGGUCACAAGCGUGAAGACCCUUAGUUUGAGGUUGCGCUUCGGAGUCUAUGAUGAUGUCAAGAUGGUGCCCGCCUUCCUCAAAUGCUUCCCCAAUGUUGAGGCGCUGCAUAUUACGUCUGAAAAAUGUGAUCAACUCACUGGCAAGUUCGACCUCGAGUUCUGGGAAGAGGUUGGUCCCAUCGUAAGUGUGCUCUUGCGCCUCAAAGUGAUCACGUUUCGGGAGUACGGCGCGAAGCAAGAUGAGCUUGCCUUCCUCCAGUACAUCUUCCAGAAUGCAAUGGUGCUCAAGUAUGCACAUGUUCAGAUGGUCAAUCAUAGAUUCACUUCACUGUCCAUUGAUGAGAUGACCUACACCAUAAACCAUAUGCCUGAUAAUAAAUGGGCCAGUAAAUUCAUCUUUGCUAUCGGUGGGUCUCAUGGUCCUGAAGGAGGUGAACCUUUGGCUUUUCAGUGAGGAGCAGACCUUUCUAAUGACGAUCCAGUUGCACCGGUUAAAUUCAUCACAAGGGAUGCAGGCGCAGCGACACACACACACCAGAAGAAGUCGCAAGCUGGAAAGCGUCGCAACUGAGAUCUUCGACAAGUGGAGUCAUGGAGUAUGAACUGCUGGCCAUAAGCGUGCUUAAUCUGGAGAGCUAGCCUGACCUGGUUGCUUUGCAUGGUUCUUGUAGUGAUCGAGUUCUGAAAAUGGUGUCAAGUUCCUACUCUUUUUUGCAUGAGAGCAGUGUGCGCGUUGUGGUAUGUCGUCUGUGUGUGUAUGGAGCUGCGUAGUCUAUGGCCAGAGAUCAUUUCCAGUAACUGAAUGUAGUUGGCAAUUUUAGGCACUGCAGUGAUCGAGUCAACUGUAGAAGCAAGUUUCGUUUGAUCAUGAUGAACUACC